AUUUCUCCAUUCAGCGAAGCUGGUCGUGUUGUGACUUCGGAUUCGCGACGCUAAAAGGCCGAUUGGAUCUUUAAUGCGGAAUCUUCUGCAAGUAAGCUCAGGAGCUAUUUUUUCCCUCCAAAUUUAGCAAAGUUUCUGGGAAGAAUUAGCUGAGAAGGUAUAGACCAGGGUUCUGUGUUUAGUAGAUUUUCAGAAAUCUGUUGUCUGGGCGCUUUCUAGGGCUUUUGCCUUUUUUAUAAGUAGUUUUUCGAGGAUUUUCAAACGCGAAUAGUGGAUUUAUUGGCUUGUAUGUGAUUCUUGGUUUUGGGCUUCUGGGUUUUGGAGUUUUUCGAGAUUGGCAGAGUCUAAGAAUUUAUGUAUGGUUUGGCUGGCUUUUUAGCUGUGUAUAAGAGUAUAAGAAUUUUUCGAGAUGUGGACUUUGUCUCUGAAGAAGUGGAAUUCUAACUGUUUUGGGGCAGGGGAGGAAUCUGAGAUUUUGACUUUUAUGUUGAUGGAAGAAUAAGAUUGUUGGCUUUUUGUUGCGGGGAUUUUGUUGGGGAGUACUUAGUUUUAAUGGUGAAUGCUAGAAUUCAUAGUUAAGCUGAUCCUGCAAAUAAGUUGAUGUGUUGUGGUUGGUUGUUUGUGAUGGGAAGUUGUUAGUAGGGAUUCCUCAACAUAAGAAGUGAAAUUUGGAAUUUGGAUGGUGAAGUCCAGAUCUUUUUCGAUAUGGUAAUUGGAAAAAUAAAGCUGGGUUCUUCCACAAAGUUAGCAUUGCCGGAGACUACUUAUCUGAUGGAGUUUGGUUCAUGACACGAGCUAAUCUUCAAAGCGAGGAUGGACUAUCCGUUUCGGCCUAGAGAGAAGGGAAUUGAAGCUCAGAUGGAGGGUUUGCCAUCACCAGAAGGUGGAGUAGGGAAUUUCAUCUCAGAAGAUUCACUUAACAGUUUCUUGGACUCGAUGAAUUUUGAUAACUAUGCAGAAUUUUGCGCCAGCCCUUCAUCUGCAGACCAGGCUUUGCUAUCCUACGGUUUGAGCUCUAUUCCACUAAGUCCAACUAGCUUUUCUUCUUUUGCUCCAAACAAUUACUCAGAACAAAUUGCUGGUACCUUCCCUGUAAGUAAUGGGGACGCUUUCAAUGCAAUUGGAGGUUCUUCAGGUUGCACGGACAAAAUAUUAUUUCAGCAAAUGGAAACACAGUCUGGAUUUACUUUGAAUUCUUCUGAUAUGGAUGCCUUAGAUAAUAAGCAAAAUAAUUGUUACUUUCCCCAAAAAAACAUUUUAGAUUCAGGGAAUUGUAUCAUUUCCAGGUCGAUGGGGUGGUCACCUGCUGAGAAGAUGCUUAGGGCACUCUCCCUGUUUAAAGAAUCAUCUGGAGCGGGAAUUCUUGCACAAUUUUGGGUGCCUAUUAAGCAAGGAGAUGAGUUUGUUUUGAGUACUUGUGAGCAGCCGUACCUACUAGAUCACAAUCUUGCAGGGUACCGUGAAGUAUCAAGGGCAUUUACUUUCUCCCCAAAAGAAGCACCUGGUUCUUUUCCUGGGCUUCCUGGUCGUGUUUUUAUCUCUAAAAUGCCAGAAUGGACAUCAAAUGUGGUCUAUUAUAGCAACACUGAAUACUUGCGAGUAAAGCAUGCAGUUGAUCAUCAAGUCCGUGGAUCUCUUGCAUUACCAGUUUUCAGUCCACAUGAUAAAUCAUAUUGUGCUGUCCUUGAGCUUGUCACAGUAAAGGAGAAAUCUGAUUUUGAUACAGAGAUAGAUUGUGUUUGCCGCGCCCUCCAGGACGUGGACUUGAUGACCACUAAACCACCUCGUAUUCAUCCACAGUCACUUUCAGAAAGCCAGAGAUCUGCCAUGGAUGAGAUAGUUGAUGUCCUAAGAGCUGUUUGUCAUGCACAUAAGCUACCAUUGGCCCUGACAUGGAUUCCCUGCAGCUACACUGAUGGGGUUGGUGAUGAAUGUACUAGCGUGUGCAUAAGAGAUAGUAUUUCAAGUUCAUCUCAGAAACGUGUACUGUGUGUUGAGGACAUGGCAUGCUAUGUAAAUGAUAUACAGAUGCAAGGAUUUGUUCAUGCAUGUACUGAACAUCACCUUGAGAAAGGACAGGGUACUGCAGGAAAAGUACUUGAAUCAAAUCAGCCCUUCUUCUCUCCUGAUGUAAAGGAGUAUAACAUAAGUGAAUAUCCCCUUGUACAUCAUGCACGCAAAUUUCGUCUGAAUGCUGCCGUUGCAAUCAGACUAAGGAGCACUUACACCGGUGAUGAUGAUUAUAUAUUAGAGUUCUUCCUCCCUAUAAACUACAAAGAUAGUUCAGAGCAGCAACUCUUGUUAAACAAUCUGUCCAGUACUAUGCAGAGACUAUGUAAGAGUUUGAGAACCAUUUCAGAUACAGAAUUAGUUAAGCCAAAAGAUUCUGAAGUCAGGGAUAAAAGGGUAGUAGGGGAGAAUUCAAUGGCAACAGCUAUGUCAAGGAAAAAUUCUCAGUCAACAUUGACAGAUAGUGAUUUAGAUUCAAAUGAAAGGGGAGCUUCACAUAUGACUAAAGUCAAAACUGAUGGAAUGAAUGCAGGAAUUUCUAAUGAGCAGGCAUCAAAUUUCUCAAGGAAAAAGCUGGAGAAAAAGCGAAACACAGCAGAAAGAAAUAUUAGCUUAAGUGUUCUUCAGCAAUACUUUUCUGGCAGUCUUAAGGAUGCUGCUAAAAGCAUCGGUGUUUGCCCUACUACCCUGAAAAGGAUUUGCAGACAGCAUGGAAUCUCUAGAUGGCCAUCUCGGAAGAUAAACAAAGUGAAUCGUUCAUUAAGAAAAAUACAGACUGUGAUUGAUUCAGUGCAAGGAGUGGAAGGAGGACUGAAGUUUGAUCCUGUCACUGGGGGACUUGUCUCAGCAGCUUCAAUUGUCCAAGAUUUGGUGAGAACCAACGUGUUCUCCCCCCAAAAAAAUCUGGCAUCCAGAAACCCAGACUCAACAGCGAAACAUGUAAUAUCAGUAUCACCCAGGUCUCACAUUGGGGGUGAUUCUACUGCAGUGAAAUUGGAAGGUGGUGAUUGUUCUGCUUCUGCACAGCAAGGGGAGCCUGUAGGGAACAUGCUUCUAUCAAAUACAAUCAAAGGAGAAAGAGAACCUUUGAUUGAUUGUAGCCAUGAAUGUAAAUUAUUAGACUCUGGAUUACUGCAACCAGUGAGAUGCAACAUAGGGGGCCAAAGCGAGGGUGGUGAUUUGAAUUUGUUGAGUUCUGAUUGCCAAAUCACAUCACAAAGCUCAAGCUGUAUGCCAGCAGCUGAUGAUAUAGAUGCUGGAAUUGUUGGUGAUGCGCAGCCCAGUUCUUCAGGCACGACAGAUUCAUCAAAUGGCUCAGGUUCAUUGAUAAAUGGUAGCGCAUCAAGCUCCCCAAGCUUCAAUAAACAGAAAAAUUCAAGAGUCAAAACAUGUCCCAGAGACAGUGGAUCAGUAAUCACAGUUAAAGCUACUUAUAAAGAUGACACAGUAAGAUUCAAGUUUGAGCCUGACAGAGGGUGCGCCCAACUGAUGGAUGAAGUCGCCAAGAGGUUUAGACUUCAAAUUGGGACAUUCCAACUCAAGUACCUUGAUGAUGAGGAUGAAUGGGUGUUGUUGAUGAGUGACUCUGAUAUGCAGGAAUGUGUUGAGAUUCUGGAAUCAAUUGGGUCUCGUAGUGUUAAGCUCAUGGUCCGCAAUCUGCCUUGUGGGACAGGGAGCUCUGAUAGUAGCAAUUGCUUCUUCACAGGAGGCUCAUAACACUUCAGAGAUGGGGUAAAGGUUGCAUUUUUGUGACCUAUAACCUGUUGCUGGGGCAUUUUUUUGGUAGGUACGAGGAUCCCUUGGAGGUCGAAGUGAUGAUGGUGGUAGCCUCUAUUCAUGGCAAUAGAUAGUCCUAUACAUUUUAGAAGUUAGAAGUGGCUUCAAGAAUUUAAGGUGUUCUAAGAACUCUAAGGCAAAUUAGCUUUGCAGUUCGUGUACCAUUAUGUACAGAACUACUGUGUGCACCUGCUGAAGGCAUAGUGCAAAUAAAGUUGUCAGGCUCAGAGCUUGUAAAUAUUUUACUGUAAUAUUAUGUGUUGUUGCAUGAAUGUAUUUCUUUCUGCAUCUAUACA